GCAGCGUCCGACGUCGUCGUCGUCGUCGGGGCGUCGGAGCGAUGGCGUCGCUGCUGUGCUGCGGGCCCAAGACGGCGGCUUGCGGGAUGGUGCUCAGCGCCUGGGGCGUCAUCAUGCUGGUGCUGCUGGGCAUCUUCUUCAACGUCCACUCGGCCGUGCUCAUCGAGGACAUCCCGGCCACGGAGGAGGACUUCCAGGGCAAAGGGCCGGAGAAGAUCUACCAGCUCUACAACCAAGUCAGCUACAACUGCUUCAUCGCGGCCGGCCUCUACGUGGCCCUGGGCGGCUUCUCCUUCUGCCAAGUGCGCCUCAACAAGCGGAAGGAGUACAUGGUCCGCUGAGCCCUCGCCCCCCCCCGGCGCCCCCCAUGGAGCCUCUUUCUGCCCGGGGGGGGGAGGAAGGAGGGGCUGGAAGGGGCUCUUGGUUGGGGGCAGGGGGGAGCAGGGGCUUCCUUCCCUCCCCCCCCCAGCAGCUGCUGCCUACCAGCCUCUUCCCACGAGCUCAGCCAGGCCUGCUUUCUCUGCCCCCCUCCCCCUCACCUCUUCCCUACUCCAGAGCAGCCCACACGAGGCCAGGCCUGCGUCUGGUUCUGGCUGGCACAACCUGGACUUCAGUGUUAUGUAAACAGCUGGGCGCCCGGACUUCCCUCCCCAGUUCUGAGAACCAGGAAGGGAGGGGGGGCUGCUCCUUGGAGUGUCCGGCACAUUCUGGUUCCGGUCCCUGUUGCAUGGCUUUGGCUGGACUUGACCUCUGUGCUGCCUGUCCCUUGUUCGGACUUUCCUCCUUGAAGUGGGGGGGGGGGCACGUGAGCCUGCAGGUUAGUCGGGCAGCGGUUCUUGUGACCCCCCUGGCGUCUGUUCCCCUGGGACCCCAUUCCCAGCUGCUGUCCUGGAGGUUUUUGGUCCUUGAAAGGCACCCCAACCCCACAUCUUGUGAUGCCUGCCUGUGGUGGUGUUUCUGCUGGCUGUCCGGGCCACCCCUAGAGAGAGGCCGGGGGAGGGAGAGGGCCUGCAUGCCGUGCAGUGGAGCUGGCGGGCACGUGGGGCUGGCCGUUCUCCCAUCUCUUCUUCAGUCACGUGUGCAAUAAAUGGCGUUGGACCCUC